CGUAUAUAAAAUCAAAUUCAAUUAACAUUAUUCCUUCAUCUUAUUGAGCAAAAGUAAAUGUCAUAUCAUAAAUGCAAAAUAUAAGGAAAAUAGAUUGAAGUUAGUAUAGAAUAAAAGCCUUGUCAUGAGACGCCACACAAAGAUUAUUAGACAUGGACAUUUCAAACACAGAAAUGGAACAAAAUCACAUAGAACAUCGGAAUAAUGGAACGUUACACGACCAUGAGCCAAUACAGAAUGGUUGGGUGAAGUUGAAUAUAGGUGGGACGCUGUAUAUGACAACAAGAGCAACUUUAUGCCGAGAUCACAAGUCAUUUUUAUACAGACUCUGUCAAGAUGAUCCACACUUGAAUUCAGAUAAGGAUGAGACUGGUGCCUACUUAAUUGACCGAGACCCCACCUAUUUUAGUCCAGUAUUAAACUACCUUAGACAUGGCAAACUAAUAAUUAAUAAAGGUUUAGCUGAGGAAGGUGUACUAGAGGAAGCAGAAUUUUAUAAUAUAACAGACCUUAUAAAACUAGUGAAGAGGCGGAUUGAAGAAAGAGACAAUGCUGAGAACCAACCCCAUGUGAAGCAUGUAUAUCGUGUUCUCUCAUGUUUAGAGACAGAACUCACCACUACAGUAUCCUCCAUCUCAGAUGGCUGGAAGUUUGAACAGCUUGUAAAUAUUGGUUCAUCGUAUAACUACAGAUCAGAAGAUGAGGCAGAAUUCCUAUGUGUUGUGUCUAAAGAAUGUCCCAAUGUAUCAAAUCAUGAUGACCUCCCAACAGAUAAAGCUAAGGUAUUACAACAAAAGGGCUCAAGGAUGUGACAAAACCUCAGAGCCAU